GGCACUCAGUACCAUGAAGCCGAGCGGGAAAGCCGUUCUAGUGCAACUGUCGUUGGCACUGUUGGUUGUGAGGGCGGACAUAGACAUUAACAACUUCAUUACCAGCCUGAAUCAUCUCCACACGACCAUGGAAGAGUACGUUGGGUGCGACCAGAGGAUGGAGAAACUGUGGGAGGACAUCAUGACUCGUAACAAGAUGUUUAACCAUCUUAAUGAAAGGCUGCUCAGUAAGAUGGACCAGCUAGCCAGGAUUAGGGAGAGAGAAGAAAUCCAGAGCGAAUGCAAGCCUCCCUUUCAAGUAUUCCGGGGAAACUGCCUCCUGCUCAACACAGAAAGCUCGUUAGAUUGGCCUCAGGCAAGGUUCGUCUGCUGGGUCAAGGGCGGUGACCUCGCCUACCCCUGGAGCCUUCAGGACCUCAAGGAUUUCCUUCCCAAUACAGGUAGCGAGUUCUGGGUGGGCGCCCGGACGCUGCCUGAGCUGGAGUUCCCGGAGUGGAAGUGGGCCGACGGGCGCCUGGUGGAGAGCGACCACGACCUCUACACGGCGAUCCCCCAGGCCAGGGCGGGGGACAAGUGCAUUAUGUUGGCGCGCAACGGCACCUUCAGGCUCAAGGCAGCCAGCUGUGAGGCCAGGAGACCCUUCGUCUGCCAGAUUCCUUACAUGAAACACUGCCCGAGGUCCUACGUGGACGUGGGCGGGAGGUGCGUGAAGCUGCACAAGGUGCCGGCGGCGUCGUGGGCGGACGCCGACGCCCUCUGCCGCGAGGACGACGCUGAGCUGGCCCGCCCGCGCACCGCCCUCGACACGCGCGACUUCGUGGGGCGGCAGCUGCAGGCGGACUGGCGCGUGUGGAUCGGAGGCGAGAAGCGCGAGAAGCGAUCGGCGUGGAAGUGGACCAACGGAAGCCCGCUGAGCUUCCCCGACGGCUGGCACCACCGCGACACUCCCCCCGGGCAGUGCCUGGCACUACUCGGCGCCGACGACUUCGAGAGUGAGACGGCAGAGUGCGACACCGCCCUGCCAUUCCUCUGCCAGAGGAUUGAGUGAUGCCCCUCCCUCCUCAGGAGUCUAUGACGGAGGCUGGGCCCCCAGGCAGUCGGCUGGCAUUUGU